GCGGAGACGAAGUCUGCGUGUUUUAUUCCGACUCAGCAGCAACUCCCCUCUUUACCUUUCCUUGCGUAAGCGUGAACACCACUCGUUUGUGGCCCACUAUGGUACUUGUUAGAACUGCCGUCAUUGUGACGAUCGCCGUUGUCUGCGCUGUCACGGCGUACGGCGAAAACGCAGUGGGACUGGACAGCGGCAUUUGGGAUGUGAGGACACUCGUGCCCGGCAGAGGUUCCAUCCCGCCAUCUCAUGAGUUGCACGUCGAGUCUGAUCGGUGGGCGCUGCGCGAGCGCAACUUCUCACGCAUGCGUCAGCUGCUGGAUUCUACCGCCGCGAAACUGGGUGUGAUUUAUACCGCCGUUCCAAGCUCGGAGACGAAGCUGUGCCGCGCUACGCCGUCGCUUAGGUUCGAGUGGGCCGCAACGCGCAGCGACGACGGCUUCUCUGUUGACUGCCUCUCCGUGGACUGGUUUACUGCGGCGUCGCUGCACAAGUUCGCGGGUGAGGGGUCUUUUCACAGUCACUUCGACCGGCCAAAGCCGCUGUCGGUGGGAUGGAGCGGAGCGUGCGUCGCUACAUCGUGGAGCCUUCGGGAUAUCUUCUUUGCGAAGGUGGCGGGGGGAGGCGUCAUCGUAUCUGCCACUCUCACGGACAACUCGAACGGUACGCCGGUGCCGUGUAAGGCGUUUUUUGAGGUGACUCGACGGCCGACGGCGGCCGCCGCAGAGAAGUCGUUGUCUUCGAGCGUAUACGUGCCCAUCGCGAUGCUGUUGGUCGUGAUCGCGAUGCGUCUGCUUCCACGGUACAUCCUCACCCGCAAUGGUCAGAUCGACCCGUCCAGCUACCGUGGGCAGAACCCAGCGAAUUUAUCGUCGGCGCACCGUGCGGAACUGUUGCAAAAGCAGCGACGGAUCAUUGAGCAGAUGAAAGCGGAGGACCGUGCAAAUGCGCCAAAGGAGAAGACAAGCUAG